AUGUCGUUUGUAGAGGAACAAGUGUCUGAAGAUAUUGGCUUUAAACUAGAUACAUCCGAUGAGAGAAAGCUAUAUGACGCACUAGACUUGUCAUCUUCUGAGUUGGAAAACAAACCACUCAAUUUACUAGCCAUACAUGAUAAUCUACGAUUAUUAGCAGCUUCAAAUUACAAAACAUUGCAAUUGAUUCCCUUGGAUGAUUUCGACAAGAUCGACUAUAUAAGUGGAGAGUUUGAGAUUACGCAAUUAUACUUUACAGAGUCAUUUUUGUAUAUAUUAAAUGGUUCUACUAUACAAGUAUUGACCGUUGAACAAAUCAAGCAAAAAGAUUACAGCUUUAAAAGUAUUGAUGGCGGAAAAUUCACCAGUCUAUUACCAUUGGAUUCAGAAGAAGAAUAUGAAUAUCUCGCGUUGAAUGAUAAAAAUGAGCUUUUCCACAAUGGGAAAUUGAUUGCAUCGCAUGUCACUUGUUUCGCUUGGAAUAAACAUACUCCUGUAUACACCGUUAAGGAUAAGAAAUUUGAAUUGAUGGGAACUGAAAUAAAAGUUAAUGAUAAAGAGAGAUUAAACGAGCACAAUGUCAUAUCGAUUAUCCCCGUUGGUGCUUAUAUUUUCAUUGCUUAUGAUAGAGAAGAUGCCGAGGAAGAGCAUUUUCAUGAUAUUGUCACAUACAUAUUGCAUUUACAAAAUGAUUGUUAUAUAUCUCUGGAAAUUGAAAUUGCACCUGCAUUUGGUACUGCUAACAGGAAAGGCUUAUUUUACAACGACACAAUCAAAAAUUGGAUAAACUCAAAUUUUUUUUCAAUAAUUACUUCUUCACUAUCUACCGAUAUUGGGUUAUUAGAUACUUCACCAUCAUUGGAAACUGUAAAUACAAUUAUGCCGUCAGAAGAUUCUAACAGGGCACAAUUCCCUAUCAACGAGGAAACAGGUGACGAUGUAUCUUGUUUAGGGUUAUGUUUAUCCUUAAACGAACUCGAAACAAAUGUCGAUGAACCAUGUAUGGGAGUCAGCGAAGUGAGAGGCAAAUUGCCCAAAUUGUAUUGUUUGAUGGAUAACGGAAGUUUGGUGUCAUGGUGGUUGUUUCAUAAAAGUGGUAUUUUGAAAAAUGAACUAUCGUUGGAAAAUGCCUUACAGGAAAAAACCGUAAAGAGUGGCAGUGGUGAGAGUAGCGGUGCGCUGAAGAUUGAGACAACAAUAGCAGAACAACCCUUGAAGGAACCAGCGCAACUGAAUGAACCAGCGCAACUGAAUGAACCAGCGCAACUGAAUGAACCAGCGCAACUGAAUGAACCAGCGCAACUGAAUGAACCAGCGCAACUGAAGGAUCCAGCGCAAUCUUUGUUUCAAUCGUCAUCUGAUAAUCCAUUUGGGCCUACCAAACCAAAUGCAUUUAAAAAUCAUCAAACUACCACUACCGGUAGCACUAGUCUGAUUAACAUGACUCCACCAACACUGGGCGGCUUAGGAUUUGGAUCUUUUGAUACGACAAAACCAAGUGCUUUUGGAUCAUCUGGAUUUGGUCAGACUGGAUUUGGUGCACAGCAAAAAACGUCUACUGGAGGUGGAUUUGGUCAGACUGGAUUUGGUGCACAGCAAAAAACGUCUACUGGAGGUGGAUUUGGUCAGACUGGAUUUGGUGCACAGCAAAAAACGUCUACUGGAGGUGGAUUUGGUCAGACUGGAUUUGGUGCACAGCAAAAAACGUCUACUGGAAGUGGAUUUGGAACCACUAGCUUUGGCCAACAACCUACUCAAGACAGCAACAAUAAAGCUCUGAACUUUAGUUCGGGCUUUGCCAAGUUCAGCAACACCAAUAAUAAAACAACUUCCGGCUUUGGCAGUAUCAAAGGAGACUCAAUUUUCGGUACCAAAUCCAGUACUGCGUCACCGUUUAGUAAUUUAAGCUCAUCAGCAUCUCCCUUUGGCAAUGUGUCUACAGAUGAAAAUCAUCAACCGUCACCUUUUGCCAAUUUGGACUCAAGUGCUUCUCCAUCUGAAAAUGAGGAUGCAAAGAAUAAACAAUUUUCAAUAUUCACUCAACUGAAAGAGACUAAACCACUUUUUGAUAAACCCUCAGAUAUCAAAUCGCCUCCGAUUUUAUUUGAUAAACUGCAAAAAUCAAAGUUACUGCUGCUGCUGCUGCUGCCACAUCCACCACCACAAUCGAAUGUUUCAACCAAGGUAACACCCUUUGCAGAAGUUGCAGAAAGCUCGAAAGAGACUUCACUAGAAUCCAUGUCUCUUCCACGGGAUACAAAUUUAUCAUCCUUGCCACUGCAGCUUGAACAGAAGUCAAUAUUUGGAGAAAAAUCACCAUUGUCAAAUGUUUCAUCUGGUUUUGGAGAUCUUAAAAUGACCGAGAAACAAGAUUCUGUUCAAGGUCAAGAUCAGGCUUUAGCAGCCAAACAAACAGAAGCUAACAAGCCAACAUAUUCAUCUCCUUUUGGAGAUAUAAAGAGACCCAUUGGUCCUUCUCCAUUUGCCAAAUUUAAUGCUGCUAUACCCAAGUCGGAUGUAAAGGUGAAAACUUCAGAAGUACUGGCUGGUAAGGAAAAGGCAAAAGACGACGAGAGCGAAAAACCUAUGAGAGCCAUAAUAGAACAACCUUUGCCCGGAACUUCCCAAUCUUCAGUUAAGCCUGGUGAGAUUCUAGUAUUUGACGGCUUUAACAAGCAACGUGAGAAAACGUCUAACCCAAUAAAGGACAAGAUGUUGGACAUUGUUGAAGACACCGAGGGGAACUUGGAAAUUUUAGAUCAGAAUGUUAAAUUGCUUUUACAGUAUAUAGAUGCACAUGCUGAAAAAGGACUAGAUUUGUAUAAAGCUUCCGGGAUGGACCUUUUGAAUAUGGAUUACAGUAAAUACGAUUUUGCAGGGAAACUUCAUUUCUUGCAAGAAGAAAAUGAAAAGGUGGAAGAAUUAACAAAAAUUGUACAAGAGUCCCAGAAGAAUAGAAUCAGAUUGGAUAAACUGUUUAGUCAAUUAGCAUUACUUGAAAAGGGUGUAUUGAAAAACCUGUCACUUUUGAAAAACCGUCCACUUGAAAUCAAAAAUGAAAUAAUGCAAACUAAACUAAGGGAGAAAUUGGCAAAGGUUAAGAAAUUGGAAGAGUUGCUUGUUUCUUUAUUGAUGCCUAUCAAGGCUCAAAAAUCAAUGAAUGCCACAACCGUGGCCAAUAUUGAAAAAGUGUUGUACCAACUAAAUGACCAAAUUCUCGAGAAAAGGACUUGUAUGAACGAAUUAAUCACUAGAGUCGACAAGUUAAAAAUAGACUGCAGUGAAAAGAGCAACUCGAGCAACUCGAGCAACUCCUUGGUUCUUACAAAACCAGCACACUCGGCAAAACUAGAGUUGAGAAGAAAGUUGAGACAACUGAAUAUGAAGAACCUGAGCACAAUAAAACUGAUCACAUGUUGA